AUGGCGCCCGAGGUGCAAACCUUGGUCCAGGGUGCGACUCGGACACUGGCACAGUUCGCCAAGCGUAUACACAUUCCAUUGACAGCAACUAGCCCGCCAGGUCUAGUGGAAGCGCUGACCGUAGAUCCGUGGGACCAGUCAGGCAAGUAUGCGCUGGGAUGGACGUAUUUCUCCGUCGCCCUGAUGGGCUGCGUCCUGUUUGUGCGCAUCUGGCACUGGUGGCAGGAUAAGAUCCGGCAAGCCAUCUAUAAGCAAGAGGUGGAACAGCACUACGAAAAUUUGUACAGCUUGGAUCCUGGAUAUGCGACGACGGCGAUGCAAACAGGCCAGACAGGGAGGCAUUUCUUCCCGGAGCACGGAGAAGAGAAGAGAGACUUCAAGCCAAAAACCGAUUUCUCUUCCAUAGGCCCCGUGCUCGACGCACUCGCAUUGUUCAGGUGGAUUUUCUAUCGGCCAAUCCCAGAUCUGGUCUGGCGAAAGCGCCGAUUCACCUUUUCCUCGCUAGCUGUACUUGCGGUCGGUUUCGUCGCCUUGGCGUUUGUGGCCUUAUACACAUUCUUACAGCAGCCCUUGUACUGGCAAAGCAUCCAGUAUGGGUCUCCGCCAGUUGCGAUUAGGGCCGGCAUGCUCGCUGUCGCCAUGACUCCGUGGAUUAUUGCCACGAGUAUGAAAGCCAACAUCCUUACAAUCAUCACCGGCAUCGGACCGGAGAGACUCAACGUCUUCCACCGAUGGGCAGGGUACCUAUGCCUAUUCCUCUCGCUGGUACAUACGGUCCCUUUUUAUAUUCAACCAGUGUGGGACGACGGAGGCAUGGCUACCUUCGAGCGACUGUUUCCGGAAGGGAGUGGUGUUAUUUACGGAACGGGAAUCGCCUGCCUGGUUCCACUCGUCUGGCUCUGUGUUGCAUCGCUCCCGUUCAUACGGCGCAUUGCGUUCGAGGUCUUCGUGAUGCUUCACGUGCCAGUAGGGGUGAUCUACGUGGGCGUCCUUUUCUGGCAUACGAAGAACUACCUGGCAUCGUGGGAUUAUCUUUAUGCAUCAGCCGCGAUAUGGGCUUUUUGUUACUUCCUACGACUGUUCAAGCUCAACUGGACUAAACCAUGGCGUUUGUCAUUCAUGGUUGGCGACGAGGCGGCAAUCACUUUGAUGACGGAGAAUGCAAUCAAGGUCACCAUCCCUACGCAGAUGAAAUGGAAACCCGGUCAAUAUGUAUACUUGCGCAUGCCGGGGAUCUCAUUUUUCGACAACCAUCCAUUCACGAUAUCCUCGCUCUGCAGCGAGGAUUUCCCGUCCGAGUACGGCGAGCAGUACCGAGAUUGUGUUCUUGUGUUCAGACCGUAUGGCGGAUUCACAAGAAGAGUACUCGAAACCGCAAUCGAGAAGGGGCCAUUCCACACGUACCGUGCAUAUCUUGAUGGACCAUACGGCGGCAUGCGCCGAGAGUUGGCCGCUUUUGACACGUGCAUUCUCAUUGCAGGUGGCAGCGGUAUCACCUCGCUGAUGUCGCAGUUACUGAACCUCAUCAAGAGGAUGAGGGAUGGCAAGGCCAUCACGAAGAAAGUUGUUGUGAUAUGGGCCCUGAAGCGUCUUGAGGCGAUGGACUGGUUCCGUGAGGAACUCCGGAUCUGCCGCGAAUCAGCGCCCCCUGAGAGUGUGACCUGCAAGUUCUUCGUCACAUCGGCGGUUAGGCAAAGAACGAAUGGCGCCAUUGGGGGAGGCCAACGUGCUCCAGGGCACUUGAGCCACAUGUUCCACGAUAAACUAGACGGCUUCGUUGCAGGCAUUGCUUCCAAGCGCAACUCCACCUACAUCCGGGAUGAGGCGCAGGGAAAUGCGGAUUACGAAGACGAGCUCCGGGCCGAGGAUGAGGACAGGAUAACUGCUCUCCCCCCGCAGCAGUACUUGCAGCCUCAUUAUAUGCCUCCUCAACGAGCGCCGCCCGCAAACCGCGAAUCCGCCCAGGAAGAGUCCCUGGCUAGACUGGAAGGCAGGGAUGAUAGGGCAGAUGAAUAUGACGCGCCAGCCUCAGCGCCAUCAUCAGAAUACCCAGAGGACAAGCCGAAACGGCAGUUCCAUUUCCCACCACUCCAACCGCGUGCAGAACAGAGGCCGCAUUUCAACUACGCACCGCCAUCACCGCGCAACUUCGACGCAUCUAGUAGACAGACUCCUGAAGGCCGCAAUCACGAGUCGUCGCAGGACCUCCCAGGUCCACCAGAACUCGCGCACCUUCGCACGACCAACCUGCCGAACCAAGGGCCGCGCCCCACGUCGACCUUCGGGCCCCCGUCCGGGUUCGACUUCGGGUUCCCCGAAACGCCGACCGAGUUCCAAAAGUCCCUGAUGCGCUUCGCCUUCCCGGUGCCCCACCAGAUCGACGGGGGCUGGAGCGUCGAGUACGGCCGCCCCGACCUGGGCUAUAUGCUCAAGGAGUGGGCGACGGGCGGCGCCGACGGCCGAGGUAUCCUUGGGCGCCGGACGGCCGUCUUCGUGUGCGGGCCGCCGAGCAUGCGGGUCGGCGUGGCCACCACUGUCGCGCGGCUGCAGGCCGAGAUCUGGGGCGACGAUCUCCUAGAGGAGAUCUUCUUACAUACCGAGAACUAUGCCCUCUGA